GCUGGGGGGAGGGCGCUUCCCCGGCUCCCAUCCCCCCGCCCGCUUUCCCGGGGGCGGGGAGCCCCGUGGGCAGCUCCCUCCCGCCCCGCUCUGGGCUUUGUGUCGGCCGCCGGCGUCUGGGCUGGGGGAGGGGAGUCGGGAAGCUCUCGAGGGGGCCCCGGCCCCUCUCCCACUCCCCGUGAACGUUUCGUGGGCCCGCAGCCCCCUCGCAGGCGGGCUUCGUUCUCUAUCAGCCCCCUGCACACCGGACAUCGAGGGGAGAGAAAAAGUGAAAGAUUUUGAGAAGAGGGGGAAAAAGGAAGUUUGUCCGGUCCUGGAUCAGUUUCUUUGUCAUGUAGCCAAGACUGGAGAAACAAUGAUUCAGUGGUCACAGUUUAAAGGCUAUUUUAUUUUCAAACUGGAGAAGGUGAUGGAUGAUUUCAGAACUUCAGCUCCUGAACCAAGAGGUCCUCCCAACCCUAAUGUUGAAUAUAUUCCCUUUGAUGAAAUGAAGGAAAGAAUACUGAAAAUUGUCACUGGAUUUAAUGGUAUACCUUUUACUAUUCAGCGACUAUGUGAAUUACUAACAGAUCCAAGGAGAAACUAUACGGGAACAGACAAAUUUCUCAGAGGAGUGGAAAAGAAUGUGAUGGUUGUUAGCUGUGUUUAUCCUUCCUCAGAGAAGAACAAUUCCAAUAGUUUAAAUCGAAUGAAUGGUGUUAUGUUUCCUGGAAAUUCACCAAGUUACACUGAGAGGUCUAAUAUAAAUGGGCCUGGAACACCCAGGCCACUUAAUCGACCAAAAGUUCCUUUGUCAGUUCCAAUGACAACAAACGGCUUGCCUGAGAGCACAGACAGCAAAGAGUCAAAGCAAAAUGAAGACAAAAAUCACAGUGACUCUUCAACAUCUGAAUCAGAAGGUUCCUCGGUGAGCCCUAUAAAAAAUAAACAUCCAGAUGAAGAUACUGUGGAGGCGGAAGGGCAUGAGGUAAAAAGACUCAGGUUCGACAAAGAAAGUGAAGUCAGAGAGAUGGCCAGUCAGACAUCUUCCAGUGAAAUUUCUUCAGUUAUGGUAGAAGAAACAGAAGCUCCAUCUUCAUCUCAGAAUAAAGACAAAGAAAGUAGUUGUACCAGGCAGCACUGUACAGAAGAGGAUGAAGAAGAGGAUGAAGAGGAAGAAGAAGAGUCUUUUAUGACAUCAAGAGAAAUGAUCGCAGAAAGAAAAAAUCAAGAAAAAGAAUCUGAUGAUGCCUUAACUGUGAAUGAAGAGACUUCUGAGGAAAAUAAUCAAAUGGAAGAAUCUGAUCUGACUCAAGUUGAGAGAGGUUUACAUUCUGAAGGUAGUGAAAAUGCAGGCCCUGUAAGUAGUGGUUCUGAUUGCCAUGAAACAGAAGAGUUAGUAGGAUCUAAUUCCAGUAAAACUGGAGAGAUUCUCUCAGAAUCACCCAUGGAGAAUGAUGAAGCCACAGAAGUCACAGAUGAACCAAUGGAACAAGACUAACUAUUUAGAAAUAUUUAGAUGCAGUAUUUUACAUACAGUUCUGGUUUUACACUGUACAAAACGUUUAUGUAAUAAAGUGGACCUUUAGUUUUACAAGAGAAGCAGGUUGUAAAAUAAAAUACUUUAUGGGAUAAAUCCUGAAAGAGUUAUUCAUGUAAGAACUGUGAAUAUCAGCUCCUCUGGGUCCUGCUUACCGCUGACUUUUUUUCGGUCUGGUCAAAUCAGUGGUUUGUGUAUAGAUUUUUUUUUUUUUUUUUAGGGUUAAAAAUUUUAAACUGGAAAAUAAUUAUAAUUUUGAAAACUUUCUUGGAGAUUAUCCUUUAGUUUAUUACAUAUGCAAGAAAGCUUUUGUCUUGUCUUUCUGACAGCUCUAGUAGUUUUCAUAUUUUGGUCAUAGUUUCAGCAUUUUAACAUGUGAACUAUAGGGUUUCAUGCUGGUUUCCAGAUUUUAUUGUUUGACUAUGUACAAUGGAACUUUAAGUCAUAUAUACAUAUAUAUAUUAUUCUAAGGGGGAAAUGUUAUAUUUUUCUGUUUCUAUAAGAGAUGAAUACAGUGGAUACUUUUUCUAUUGGUAAUGAUUGAGUUCACCUCUUUCAGAAGACAGUUUCUUUUCUUCUGAGUAAUUCAGAUAAAAUCUGGCCCCUGUGAAACCCUGGAAAUCUUAAGUCUGUUGAAAUACCAGGUUAAACACAUUCCAAGAGAUCUGUUCAAACUAAAUUCUUUUGUAUACUUCUGAGGUGCCUGAGAAAAAGACUUCAUUAUUUAUGAGAAAAUGUGCUUUAUCUUGGAAAUUGUGUUCAAACAUUAGCUUACUAUUUUGUAGAAUGAAUGCUUAUAAAGCUGACAUGAGACCAUCUCAGAAGAACCAGGCUGGUUCCUUUACUUUUUGCUUGUUUUUCUGAACAUUGUGAAUAGUACACAUUUCUUUCUAAAUUAUUCUAGAGUAUACAAAUGUCAAUGGUAUGAAACACCACUGUACUGGAAAAAUUAAUAUAUUACUUUAGUAAUGUACCGGAGCUAAAUGACUGAAGCUUUAGGGGUGCAUAGAAGCCACCGUAAUUUGUAUGACAUUUUGAAGUGAAUUAAAUAUUUUUGAACAUGCUUCUUCGACAGCCAGUGUUAUAUUUUUCAGAUCAACACAAAGCACAAUGGUUACUCUAAACUCAAUAUUUUCAAAUUCACACAUUUAAAAGUCAUGCGCAAGCUGCAAUUUCCCUGUCUAAAUUACUGGCUGCCAAAUUUAUACCUGUUUCUUCAGCUGUACCUUUUGAUAUUUAGAAUUUUUAAAUUUCUGUAAAGUAGAUUUUGUAGAAUGUAAUGUGUUCACUGCCUUUGUGAAGCGGUAUAUAAUUGUAUAAUUUCUGUGUGUAAACUGAAUGCUUGGGCUUUCAAUACAGUAUUCAUAUAAAGCAAUAAAUAUUAAUGUUAUGAAA